AACGCACGAAUACAUUACGCCCAAAAGACCCGGACACUGCCUAACCAGUAUCAUAGAGCAACACACAUGCAACAUGUCGUUUGCUUAUUUUUCUAAUAGUCAACUGGCCACCUCUCAAAGCUCCAACCAUCAUCCCUUCCCUUAACACGAACAAAUUCAACACUGCAGUCUACAGAUCGAAAACGGGGACACCGUCCGCCGUCCGGCCAUCUUAGCACUAGUAGUAGCACCCACGGCACAACACAACAAGGCACAUGAUACACGCACACACAACAUCCUCUCGGCCCCUACCUCCUCCUCCUCCCAACAGUCUCUGCCCGCGUCCAUACAGACGCAGUUAUUGCAGAACCACCUCCACUUCUUCCGGGAGCUGAGGCAGCAGCCCACUAGCUCACCAAGCUAGCUCACCCCCUCUCCCCUCUUCCCCAUCUCUCUUCUUAAUUAUCAUGGUGAGGGACGCCGGCGGCACGGUACUGCCGGCCACGCUCCUAGCAAUGUUGCUUCUCAUCCUGGCGUCCGAGCUCGCCACCUUCAGCUGCGGCCACAGGAUCCUCAGAGCUGCAGACGUCGCGGCGUCCAAGCGCGCCCCGACGCCGACGCAACACAGCUGGGUGUCCCCGGCGGCGGUGUCGGCGGAGACGGCCGGCGGCGACGCGGCAGCGGCGGAGUUCGGUGACUCCAAGAGGCUUGUUCCGCAGGGCCCUAACCCGCUGCACAACUAGCACUACAGGUUCUUCGCGCGCCUCCAUUUUUUCCUCUCGUGCAGAAGAACACACUAGUGACUAGUGAGUAGCUGAGUAGUGCCUUGUGUGCAAAUACGAAAUCACAUACAAAGUGAUGAUGUAGCAACUGUAAUUAGCUAGCCCGUUAGAGCUCUGGAGUUUGGAUCCGGAUGUAAUUACUUGCAUGUAUGAUCUCCUUCUUCCUCUCCCUAGCACUUGAUUUAUGAUUAGUUCUCUGGAGAGCAAAGAUCGAUCUGAGAUGUGACUAGCUAGGACAAUGAUUGGGAGCUUUUGCAAUCUGUUGUUGCGAGCUCUUGGAAUGGUCAAUGGCUUGUGUUUUCCACUUC